CCCGCUACCCUUUCCGACUCCACGCCUCUCGCUCGGGCGCGCCCCGAAUCCCAUCGCCCAAUCCUUCAACGCCCGCCGCCGGUCUGCAGCUCCAUCCCUCUUGCUCGCGCCCCCCCGGAGCAGCAUCAGCCAAUCCUUCCAACGAGAUUCGAAGCUCGCCGCCGCCGCCGCCGUCCGCAGCUCCAUCCCUCUCGCUCGCGCGCUGCCACUCCGACGACGGCGAGGAAGAAGAUGACGAUGGCGAGGACGGCGAAGGAGAAGCAAGCCGGCGGAGCUGAAACAAGGGAAGUGCUCCUCGGCAGGUCACCUGAGAUUCCCAGCAAGAUGGUGCAUGAUUGGGAAAAAAUAGUCCUGGACUUCGGCAGCAGCGACGAAUCAACAAUUCAUCCAGGAAAUGACCUCCUCGUACAAGCCCUGCAGCAUUAUUUUGGUAACACGUAUUUGGUGCAGCCAGAACAUCACAUGGUUGGUUUCUGGGGAUCUAAGAUGAAGCAAGCUGCAGAAUUGAUACGCCCAGGUGAAAAGGGUCGAAAAUACAUAUUUCUCCUGAAUAACACAUGUGUUGUUCGUCAAAUGGUGCGGCGUCCAGGAGCAACUUUCCCCAAUGUAGAACCCCUGCUCACUUCAAUGAUCAAGCGAUACACGAAGUGCUACUUGGACGAGUGUUGGGCUCCGCUCAAGUGUUUAAGCUCGGAGGAGUUUACCGCCGAAUUUCUUGCCGCCUGUAAUCGCCAGAUGAAGUGGAAGGUUGCAGCCGAGGUCAGGUACAAACUGCGGCAGGAGAUUGCGGAAUUGAUCGUUCCACCGUGUGACGGAAGCCAUGUGAUAGAAGGGUUAUUUGAAGGAUGAGCAGCUAAGCGAAUGGGGAGGA